AUGCCUGGAGGGCUAGAGGCGGUAUGCCUGGAGGGCUGUAUGCCUGGAGGGCAGAGGCGGUAUGCCUGGAGGGCUAGAGGCGGACUGAACGUGGGCUGUUUCUAUGCUGUUGGCACACUACUGAACCGCAUGAUCAUCGAGCAUUACCCUGGUGAAGAGUUGAAUGCAGGGAGGAUAGGUCUCACCAUCGUUAUCGCUGGCAUGGUGGGAUCACUGAUCUGUGGCAUCUGGUUGGACAGAACCAAAACAUACAAACAGACUACCCUGGCUGUCUACCUCAUGUCCUUCGUAGGGAUGUUGGUCUACGCCUUCACCCUCAGUCUGGGUCACCUCUGGGUAGUCUUCCUCACCGCUGGAGCUCUGGGGUUCUUCAUGACAGGCUACCUGCCCCUGGGCUUUGAGUUUGGUGUGGAGCUAACCUACCCCGAGUGUGAAGGCACCUCUUCAGGCCUGCUCAACUGCUCUGCACAGGUGUUUGGUAUCAUCUUCACUAUCUGCCAGGGGAAGAUAACAGAUAACUACGGGACGCUGGCAGGAAACAUCUUCCUCUGUGUCUUCCUCUUCAUCGGAUCAGUCCUUACAGGCUUCAUCAAGUCAGACCUGCAGAGACAGAAGGCUAACCAGUUGGCCAAGGCAGCUGAGGACGGACUGCUCUCUGGACAGCAGCAGGGCUUUCUGGGGCCACGGUUUCUUAAUCAGAGACUGGACAGCCCUUCUGAUUCUUCUCAGACUUGA